AUGUCACAAAGUCGUGAAGAUUCCGUUUACUUGGCCAAGCUUGCUGAACAGGCCGAGCGUUACGAGGAAAUGGUCGACAGCAUGAAGGCCGUAGCGUCUUCCGGCCAAGAGUUGUCCGUGGAGGAGCGUAACUUGCUCUCGGUUGCUUACAAAAAUGUGAUCGGUGCCCGCCGUGCCUCGUGGAGAAUCGUGUCGUCGAUCGAGCAAAAAGAGGAGGCCAAGGACAAAUCUGAGCACCAGGUGAAGCUGAUCCGCGACUACCGUUCUAAGAUCGAGACUGAACUGACGAAGAUCUGUGACGACAUCUUGUCGGUUCUCGACACACACUUGAUCCCUUCGGCCACUACCGGUGAGUCUAAGGUCUUCUACUACAAAAUGAAGGGUGACUACCACCGUUACUUGGCCGAGUUCUCUUCCGGUGAGGUCAGAGACAAGGCUACCAACGCUUCUUUGGAAGCCUACAAAACCGCCUCUGAGAUCGCUACCACUGAGUUGCCCCCUACGCACCCAAUCCGUCUGGGUCUAGCUCUGAACUUCUCCGUCUUCUACUACGAGAUCCAGAAUUCUCCAGACAAGGCUUGUCAUUUGGCUAAGCAGGCUUUCGACGAUGCCAUUGCUGAGCUUGACACACUCUCUGAGGAGUCUUACAAAGACAGUACUUUGAUCAUGCAACUGUUGAGGGAUAACUUGACCUUGUGGACCUCCGACAUGUCCGAGGCCGGCCAGGACGAACAACAGCCUGCUGAGGGCGCCCAGGAGUGA